GCCGAAGCGACGCAGUAAGGAGCCUCGGUUUUUUGUUCCUUGUCUCCGAAUCCCGAGACCCUAUUCUUCCUUUUACUUACUCGUAAAAUAUUCGAAAAGAGCUCUUUAUACUCAAUCUGCGUCAAGCACAUUCCAAAAUACGAAAAGGCUGACUCCCCGAUCUUCUAGGCUGUGUUGUGUGCCGCACCAGAAAGGUCCGCUGUGACAAACAGUCACCAUGUUCUAACUGCCAUCGCGCGAAUAUUGCUUGUGUCUUCCCCUCCACGGACCGGCCCCCAAGAUGGGCUCGUCGUCAAGCACCCGCCGCCCCUGCUCAGAUGAUGCAGAGAUUGCAGAAUCUCGAGAGUCUAGUUAAGGACCUGAGCGGCCAGCUGGAAGUGGCAAACGCUGCGGCUGGUUCAGUUGCCGGUGGCUCAUCCGGGGUAAGCUCUCCAAAGAGCUCUAAUUAUGGCCGUGACGCAGAUUACCCAAGGGAUUCAUUGCAGAAACCGUUUGGAAGACUCAUUCUUCAGGAUGCCAAUCGAAGCCGAUACGUGGGGAGUGGCUUCUGGUCACGUGUCGACGAUGAGCUUGAUGGGCUUUGUUCAGACACUACAGAGGAUGAAGACGACGUCUCGUCUGGAAAGUCCCCAUCCACCCAGGAACUUCGACGGACGCCGUCAGAACGCCAUGGAUUCUUGUUUCAACACAAUUUGAGUCCUUCCGCUCCCGACCUCCGCGAAUUUCACCCCCUGCCGUCUCAGAUACCGUUUCUCCUGGAUAUAUUCGCUGAAAACGUUAAUGCUGUCAGCCGAAUUGUUCAUGUCCCAACCAUUGCGAAAAUGGUCCGCGAUUUUCGUGGACGUGAAAUGUCGAACUUGACACCAGCCAACGAAGCAUUGAUGUUUUCCAUUUACUACGCAGCAAUAACCUCCAUGGAUGAAGACGAUAUCAUGACCAACUUUGGCUUCACCAAAACUGAGCUCAAUAUGAAGUACCGCCUCGGCCUCGAGCACGCACUUGCAAAAGCCGAUUUCCUCAACGUUCCAGACUUGGUUCUGGUGCAGGCGUUCACUAUCUUCCUCUUCCUCGUUCGCCGCCAUGACAGCCCGAGAUUCGUGUGGAUGAUGACGGGGCUUGCCAUCAGGAUGGGCCAGGCCCUUGGUUUACACCGUGAUGGAGCCCAUUUCGGCCACUUAACUCCUUAUGAAGUUGAGAUGCGACGAAGGGUCUGGUGGUCAUUGUGCAUGCUGGAUAUGAGAGCAUCUGAGGACCAGGGCAUGGAUUACACGAUCUCACUCGAGAGCUAUGACACGAAGCUUCCCUUGAGCAUCAACGACGCAGACAUCGAGCCCAAAACAACUCAAAUGCCAACAGAGCGUGGAGGCAUAACCGACAUGACGUUUCCGCUCAUCUCGGUCCAGAUAGGCAUUAUUGCCAAGCAGAUGAUGGCUCUCAGUUCCAAAGGAGGUGCGCCAGAAAUAGAAGAGCAAAACCGACUUAUAAACGAAAUGUACCAGAUCCUCGAUAGAAGGUACCUUCAAUUCUCGGUAGAGUCAGGCGACAUCAUGUAUUGGGUCCAAGUCUGUGUCGUGCGACUCGUGAUGGCCAAGAUGUCGCUUUUUAUCUACUUACCUCUGCUCUUCUCCUCUCCCAGCGAGCACUUCUCGGACAAGAUCAAGAACAAGCUCCUAAUCGCAGCAAUCGAAGUCGCGGAGUAUAACCAUGCUCUAAAUGCAGAGCAGGCAUGCCGUCAAUGGCGCUGGGUUUACCAAACAUAUAUACAUUGGCAUGCCGUGGUCUACCUCUUGAUCGAGAUCUCCAGACGUCCGUGGUCACCCAUAGUCGAGAGGGCCUGGGUUGCGCUUCAUAGUCCGUGGCUGAUCCCCGUCCAGUCCAACAUGGACAAGAACCAGAGGAUUUGGUUUCCAUUGAGGAAGCUGAUGGCAAAGGCAAAGAAACAUCGCGAGACUGAGCUCGAGCGGCUAAGACGAAAUCCCGAAGCUGUAAAAUGGCUAGAGAUGGAUGACCAGAGGCUUCCCGCUCCCGGAAGCCCCGGGCCGUUCCCACCCGGCUCCAACGUUGUCGAGCUCUUUCGCGAACGAUGGUGGCAGCUUAUGGCGACGCCAGAGGAACUUGAGCAUGAUAAAGGGAAAUCUAAACAGUACAGGUCAGAAGUUACCAGCCCGUCGGCACAUUCAACCAACACAACCCAGCUAGGAACAUGUCCCUCGCCUGCGUAUAACGAAGGCGGUUCAGGACCCAAUACGACUGAUGAGCCUCCAUAUUUUGGUGCCGGUGGGCUCCAAACAAGUCAGAAUCAUCUGUUAAGCACCACUUCCCUGAACAUCCAAUCCACCAUACCGACCAGCGCUCCCGAUGGUUUUGCAAUGGGACAGACUGCAAGGCAAUCAUACAAUGCCGUUCCCGAUAUUCCAGUAACCUGGUCGAUGGGUCCUGGUUUAGACCAUUGGCUGUGGGCUGACGCAGAUCCAUCGGCCGAUGUUUUCGCCAAUGUGGACUUCGAUGCAAGUGAUGUCAACAUGGACUUGGACGGCGAGAUGGACUGGCAUAAUUGGGUUGAAUCUGCCAAGGGCAUGGAGUGGAAUACGGGGCCAAAUGGCAAUGGACCGGCCUAAUUCUCUUCUAAGCUCGACCUUCAAAAUACAAACGAUUGGGGACAAUUGUUGUUUUCGAGGCUCGAGAUGGGCAGGAAAAGUGACACUGAAUAUCCGAAGUCAAUUUGGAUCAUUUCAGGCAUUCUCUCACCGAAUGUCCUCUGUUACUUUCAAAGCCUAUCAUUCGAAUAUCUUGGGAAUCCUCAAAUGCUUAGUCCCUUAAGC